AUGAUAUAAGAGGAAUAAUAAAUUUUUUUUAAGAGAGGAUGUGAAUAAUGUCUAUUAAGUAAAUAUUUGAUUUGAUGUUAUUUAGAUGAUAACCCUGAUGAAGAAAUUUUAGAAAAUAAUUCUUAGUACCUUAUUUAAUAAGAAAAAGUUGAUGAAAGCAAUUUAAUUCAACCUUGUUUUUGUAAUUUGAUAAUGCAUAGAGAAUGUAUUAAAAGAAAAAUAAUAAAAUAAAGAAGUCCUAAAUGUUUAACUUGUUCGGCUUCAUAUUAAGCAAGAGAAACUAACUCAAUUUAUGCUCAAUCAUUUAAAAAAUAUAGGAUGAAUAAAAUUAUUAUGAAAGCACUUCUUAAUAUUUUUGGCACAGUUAUCAUUGCUUUAGCGUUACUUUAUUUAAUCGAAAUAGAGACUUAUUAAUUAUAUGAUUAUAUUUUAUAAAUGAUAACUGUUGUAUUUGGCUGCCUUAGUUGUUUGUUGAUGAUUGUCUACAUAUUUUUGAUUGUAUUUUAAAUCAAUAUUUUAGAUUGCCAAUGGUUUUAUUCGAUCAAAAAUCUUAGAUAUAGAAAUAUUAUGUUAUCAAAAUGAAAACAAGUUUCAUACAGAUAAAUAAGUUGUAGAAAAAUUUUUAGAAAGACUUAAAUUAAGUGGAAUAACUGUUUGA